AUUCUAUUCGAUACGAUGAUUAAUGAAGGUUUAAUCAAGAAAGAAGAGAUUUGACAACUUUGUACAUGGAAAUAAAGUUUACAUUCAUUAUUUUCCUAAAUUUGAUUUGAUUUUUGUAACAAAUUCUGCUAUUGUCACCUGGGAAAAGUUUUCUGGACUUGACAACUACGACUUACAUUGCCUUUAUUCCAAAAUUAUAUUCCGUCACGUCACAAUGAAUGUAAAAUUUAAAUGAUGCUAUUGCUAUUGUGUGUUAACGGGAAGCAACUUUGUCUUUACAUCGCAUUGUUUACUAUAUUCAGGUGAAACAUAUAUGCUCAAGAAAUCACAAUUUUGCGAUCUUCCAAUUAAAUCUUUGGAUUUUAAUGAAGAUGUAGCCAGUGACCAUGAUGUUGAGUCACCCAGCUGCAUCCAAGAGUUUGAAGAGGAGGAAGAAAAUAUGGAAGAUAGUUUCUCAGAAGAUGCAGGUGCAUUUGACGACUCUACUUUUAACGAAGAUUACGAUCCCUACGAAGAUAGUUGUGUGUUCGAAAAUAGAGUUUUGAAAAGGAAGUCUGAUGCAUUUAAUGAAAACAGCUUAGAAAAGAAAAUGUGCAAAUCAGAGUAUAUCGAUAGUAAUGAUGAUUCAAAUAGUCAGCAUGAUCUGGAGGCUUUUGUGUCAGAAACUGAAGAUUCUCAAGUAUCUGUAAAUAAAAGUAUCAAACCUAUUUCUUCUGCACCUGAUCCUCCUGGCCUUGAUACUUGGCUUGGCAAAUUCCAGGAAUGGUCUACAAGUGAUCGCCUUACAGCUAUAGAUAGGUUAAUUGAUGUAUGUGAUCCUGCUCAAGUAAGGCAUAUGAUGAAUGUCAUUGAACCUCAGUUUCAAAGAGAUUUUAUAUCUUUACUUCCAAAAGAGCUCGCUCUAUAUGUUUUAUCAUUUUUGGAGCCAAAAGAUCUUUUAAAGGCAGCCCAAACUUGUAGAUACUGGAGAGUUUUAGCGGAAGAUAACCUUUUGUGGCGAGAAAAGUGUCGUGAAGAAGGAAUAAAUGAUGUACGGGAAGUUUUAGGUCGACGACGUUCUCGCUGCAGCAUUAGUGCCAAUAACAAUGCCAAUCCUUAUCAAGUGAUUCCUAGCCCAUGGAAAGCUGCAUUCAUGCGCCAGCACAAUAUUGAAAUGAAUUGGAGAUGCAAUCCUAUAAAAUUACCAAAAGUUCUGAAAGGCCAUGAUGAUCAUGUCAUUACUUGUCUUCAGUUCUCCGGUAACCGAAUUGUCAGUGGUUCGGAUGAUAACACUUUAAAAGUGUGGUCAGCUAGUACAGGAAAGUGCUUAAGAACGUUAGUUGGUCAUACUGGUGGUGUUUGGUCUUCCCAAAUGUGGCUCAAUAUUAUAAUUAGUGGUUCAACUGAUAGGACUCUCAAAGUCUGGAAUGCAGAUACUGGCCAGUGUAUUCAUACCUUAUAUGGUCAUACUUCUACAGUAAGAUGUAUGCACCUUCAUGAAAACAAAGUGGUAAGUGGGUCUAGAGAUGCCACUCUAAGAGUUUGGGAUGUUGACACUGGGAAGUGUCUGCAUGUCUUAGUUGGUCAUGUUGCUGCUGUACGAUGUGUUCAAUACAAUGGGAAGUUAGUUGUGAGCGGAGCUUAUGAUUACAUGGUGAAAGUUUGGAACCCUGAAAGGGAAGAAUGCAUUCAUACGCUGCAAGGACACACAAACAGAGUUUAUUCUUUACAGUUUGAUGGAGUUCAUGUAGUGAGUGGAUCAUUAGAUACUUCUAUUCGUGUAUGGGAUGUUGAAACUGGAGGCUGUAAACAUACAUUAAUGGGUCAUCAGUCUUUAACAUCUGGUAUGGAGCUAAGAAAUAGUAUCCUAGUAUCUGGUAAUGCAGAUUCAACCGUAAAAGUCUGGGAUAUAACCAGUGGCCAAUGUCUUCAAACUCUAGCAGGAGCUAACAAACACCAAAGUGCUGUGACAAGUUUGCAGUUCAAUAACAAGUUUGUUGUGACAUCAUCUGAUGAUGGAACUGUGAAACUGUGGGACUUAAAAACUGGUGAUUUUUUGAGGAACAUUGUAGCUUUAGAGAGUGGAGGCAGUGGUGGUGUUGUGUGGAGGAUAAGAGCCUCAAGUACAAAAUUAAUAUGUGCUGUAGGCAGUAGAAAUGGAACAGAAGAAACUAAAUUAUUAGUUCUAGAUUUUGAAUCAGAUCAUUAAUAUCUGUUAUUUUUCUCAUUCACCCUAAGAAAUAAAAAUUCAUCUGUGAAGCAUAUAUUUUCUCAUAAGGUGCUACCUGUCACCAUCAUCAAGAAAAGGAAUUUAAAGAAAGAGAUUUUUUUGUAAAAAGUGAUAAAAAAUUCAGGAGAUGAAGUGGUCACACCCUUCGUAUUUUUUUGUCUUUUACAUAAUUGUGAACAACUUUUCUUAUACAAUUCAUAUGAAUACAAUAGUUGUGUAGCCACUAGUUUCCUGAUUUGUUGUGUUGCAAUAGUUUGCUCAUUGUGCUGGACACAGUUACUGUUUACCUUUUUUGUUUGUCAGAAUACUAUUUUGUCCUGCCAUAUUGUAAAUAAACUGCCUUUAUUUUAUAAAAUUUUUACCUAGUU